AUAAUAAUAAUAAUAAUAAUAGAAAUGAAAUUGAAAAAGAUGUAUAUCUAUAAAAUUGUGGAAAAGGGAUUGGGAGGGAGCAUCACGAGCGAUAAGAAGGGAGGCCAGAAGGAUAUUGAUUGAGGGAGGCGUGCGCGUUACGGUCUUGUCGUCCCACCCAAAACGUUGUUAUAGCUCGGUUGGUGAGUGAGCAACGAAGCCUUCGUCUGUCGACCGUCGACGUUGGGAGUUGUCGGGCUACGGUCGUGUCUGGACGACUUCCUCGAGGAGCCAAGUAGCAAAAAAGAUACACGCGCAAAGAAAAGAGGAAAAAGCGGCGAAUUUUGUUUGUUCAACGACCAAAAAAUUGGGUGGUUGACGAAAGAGAGUGGAUCAUCGAGUAUCGAAAAUUUCACAUUUAUUUCCGUUUGUUUAUUUGACAAAUAAAAAGCGUCAAUUCGAUGAAGAGGUUCCCUGGAUGUGGGUGACCUCGUGUUCGCCCCGGCGUGACUCCAAAUGGCAGUACAACGAACCGUGGAUUGCCGGAUGGGCGAUGGUCACCGAACGGAAUAGGGAGGAACCGAGCGGAGCGCAUCGAGAAAGCGAGAGAAAAAUUGAGAUUUCAACGUUUAUUGGUGCUACUACAUUCGCACAAAGUACGUUGGGGCGCAACAGUGAUCCACUUGUUUCUCGAGUCUCUCGCUCGAACAGUUGGAUUAUAUUCAUUUCCAACAAUGGGGGAAACAGGCGUUCAUUCUGACGCUUGAGUAUACGCUGAUCAAGAGAGCAAGAAUAAAGAAAAGAAAAAAAAAAUAACAACAACAAAAAGGGAAAUAAAAAGUAGCCUCACUCUGUCUAGCUUCGGUGAUUAUUUUCAUUUUUUUUUCUCUCCUUCGCUUUUUUAGUGAUCGAAAUUGAUUUUCAAUAGAGAAAAAGAAAAAGAUAAUUAUGUCGGACAGCGAAGAUACCGAUGCUUCGUGCGCCGAGUGGCCAGUUACGAAGGAGUGGUUGGAAAGCCUUUUGACGGUACAUCACGGUGAAGGCUCCAGUAUUUUUAUCGAGGACUUCGAAGUCAGUCCUGGCUGUACUGCCGGUGAAAGCGUUCUUAGCGAUAUUCUCGCUGUAACCGUUGACUAUACGACGAAACCGGACGAAACUAAACGCGAAUUGAACGUCAUUGUUAAACUUCUACCACAGGAUGCUUUCAGCCGAUUCUUCGUCACCGAGGCACAAUUUGAUCUACGCGAAAUCAAAUUUUACACACAGGUUGUUCCGGAUUUGGAGGCAUUCCAGAAGCGUCAGUCAGCAUCGCCGGAAAAUAGUAUUGAGUUGCCGAUUCCGGGAUGUGUGCAUGCUCAUUACAAGCCGGCAGGUGGAACGGAGGAGAGUCCAGAGCCGCCGGAAUCGUUCCUCGUGUUGGAAAAUCUUCGCACCCGUGGUUUCGAGGGAGCGGAAUUUUCGCGGGGUUUGACGCUCCGCCAGGCGGAGGCUGCGUUGAGCGCUGUGGCAUGUCUUCACGCGUUAUCAUUAGCAUUGAAAGUAAAGGAAGGACGCGCACUCUCGGAGCGAUAUUCCUUUUUGUUUCAAACGGCACGUGCCACGGAUUCGUAUCAGCAAUUGGUGGAGCGUGGUUUGCCACAAUUGGCCCGUUUUUUGGAAAGACGACCGGGUCUGGAGGCCGUUUUGGAAGCUCUGUUGGCCUUACGUCCACGAACCAAAGAGAUAAUAGCUUCGCUUCUCGCGCCGGAAGGUCCAUUGGCUCUCAUAACCCACACGGAUUUUUGGUGCAACAAUUUACUGUUUAAGAGCAGCGACGACGGUGGCUGCAAAUGUGCGAUACUCGAUUGGCAAAUGGUAACGUACAGUCGUCCGACGAACGACAUUGCUCUUCUGCUCGUCAGUUCGGUGCCCACUGAAUUGCGUAGACGUCAUACGGAAUCCUUGCUCGACAAAUACUGGCAAGUAUUGACGACCACUUGUCAGAAUCUUGAUCUCGAUAUACCCCGGGAUCUCGGCUAUACGAGAAGCGAUCUUGCGGCUGAUUACCGUCGCUCACAGUUGCUCGCACUUCUAUUAUGCAUUGGCUCGGUGGACGUUGCUCUCGGUGAUCCACUCACGGAACAGCGACUCAUCGAUGUGCUCGAAGACCUUCACAACGACGGAGUACUUGUCGCCGAGACUGCUGAUCUAUCAAACUCUGAUCCGUAGAGAGAGACAGAGAGAGAGAGAGAGAGAGAAAAAGGAAAACGUGCUGAACAAAAAACCAAAAGUAAGAGUAAAAUAAAUCUUUCCUCUGAACAAAAAAUCCUUAAAUAAAUUGUGAUUUUCUCCGAUAUCGACGUGCCACCCAAAAUCAUUGAGGUUUCAUCCUUCAUUGUCGAAUAAAUAAGGAAUAACGUGAGCCGGAGAUUCGAAAACUUCUCCAAACGCUCCGAGUGCGCGCACUUUUUCGAAAAAAAAAAAUAAAACAAAAAAAAUUCAAACGAGACAGUGAACAAAAUUCAUCGUAGUCGAGUGAACGAUAGUAAGCCAAAAAUUUUUUGUUUUUUAUCAAAUCAAGAUUAUGCAUCACGAGACUCUGAAGCUCGUGUACCUAUAAACGCAUAUAUAUAUAGAUACAUACAUACACACAUAUAUAUAUAUAUAUAUAUAUCGUCGUUUCGGGCUUCUCUAGUGGCUUCUUCGGCGUGCUUUCGACGUACCCCGUGCGACGCUCAGCUUUCAUAAGGGUAAACGUUUUUUUUAUUACUACAAGAAAAAUUGAAAAAAAAAUGAGGAAUAGAAUGAGGUUCGCUGAAGGGAGAACUUGUGAUUCGAGUUAGCCGGGGUUCAGUGAGCCGAUUGGAAAAAAAUAUGAGUUGCUUCGGAGGGAGAGGAGGUGGAAAAAAUGAGCUGACCGUGAUGAGAUCGGCGUCCUAGCCGCCAUUUCGUCCUUGAGUUUAAAAAAAAGUUGCGUUAUCGCACUUAUUAAAAAUAAGUGUAUUGACUAUUUAAUCCCUUCGUAAACUGAAUUAUUGUUUUUAUCAGCGUAAUACUUUUUCUUUGUAUACAACCUUUCGAAUAAAAUACUAUCUUUAA